GUUUAAGAUAGUAACUAAUAAAUCUGUUUAAAGGUCUAUUUAUUUAUUGUUCUCAUUUUCUGUAAUAAUAAUUUGCAUCUAUUUUUCAAUUUAGAAUUUAUUGAGCCACUUGGUCUUCUUAAUUUUUCAUUGCCUUUUACUAGUAUAGCAGUUACCAUGACGUGGAUUGUUCGUACAUUUUUUGUUCUUUUAGGUUUUACCCUAGCAGUUAAAGCAGAUUUAGAUAAACAACCUGUGUCUAAGCUAGUAAUAUUAAGUGGUUCACCGAUUGCAUAUGGAUACAUGACUCGCAUGAAACAAAAUAUCAUUAAUAGCUGUAAAGAAAAUGGACAUAAUAUUGAAAAUGAUUUAGAGAAAACUUACGAUGACUUAGUUAACUGUGUCAACAAAACCACUUUAUACGUUGAAAAAAAAAAGGAAUAUUUAAAAAACUUGGACGAUUGUAGUAAGUUACCUAUACAGAAAGCCAAACAUUGUUUAACAAAGGAGCAACAGUAUUAUCCAGAUGUAUUACUAAAGAUAGCAAAAUCCCAAAUCAACUUUAUUUGUGAUCAUUAUGAAACCAUAAAAAAUGAUUUAAUUUCAUGCGUUAAAACAUAUGAAAAACAAGACGUCCGUUCUCAGCUUAGUAAAUGCAUUUCUGAUAUUAAUGGAUCAGUUAAAGAUACUUCUCCGAUCCCUUCUUCUUUUAGUGCUUUUUGUCAAAAAUAUUCGCCUUCCCAUAGGUGUUUCUCAGAUAUUUUAAACAAAGAAUGCAAACAAUAUCCAAAACUUAAACAGUUUGGAGAUGAUUACAAUCUUGCGAUGAGUUUUCCUUGUACUCAGAAGUCUUUUAAUAUGUAAGAUGAAACUAGAAAAUUGAUGUUACUUUACACAUGCAUUAACUAAUUUUUUUUUAUUGUAGAACUCUUAUUUUUAAAUAAAAAUUACGUAACAUUUUAUCAA